AGAAAGGUUAACCUUGAUUUGCUUCAAAAGGCAUAAAGUACCGGUACCGGUAGGUACAUAUUAACGAUGACUAAAUUGUGUUUCAUUUUGAAGCAGUACCUAUAUUUUUCGUGUAGGUGCGCCAUGAGUUUUUUUCUGAUAAUUUGGAGCACACAAACCGAUGCCUUAUGUUAAGUUUGAUCAAGAACAAUUCCGGAUAAGGACCAGCCGUCGGUGGCCAGACAUUGUAAUUCAUCAGUUCUGCAGUUAGGCCUGCAUAAACAAACAUUGCGCCACGACUGGACGAUUUGGAGCAAAAAGCAUUCGCACCAUUACCUUGAAUGAUUGAGUACCCUAAUCCUGUAAUCUGAGUGAAUAUGUGCUUGUUUUUGUUAUUAAGUAGGCCAGGCCUACUGAAGCUGGGAAUUAGCUGUGUCAAUUAAAUAUGAAAAAUGCAUAUUUCGAACUGUUUAGCAAUAUUUAGUUACUUGAACAAGGGCCGCGAAAAACUUCAAUGUAUCAAAAGGGGCCGCGAGCUCAAAAGUUUGGGAAGCCCUGAUAUAGGUCAUAGGAGAACAUAUAUGGGGUCAUUGCUUGCCAAGCGCUGUUUGAAGAUGAGCAGAUAUCAACACAAUGCAAGCAAAAAUCCGCUGCCUGAUGAUUGUCGGCCUGCCAGGAAAAGACCCAGAAUAUUUUCAUCUUCAAUUGAUAACCGUACCAAAGCAAUGCAAGAAGAUGACGAUCCUUUUGCUGAUGAUGAUGUCACUGGGGAGGAAUUGAAGGAGUGGGAAUUUUUUGCAUCUCAGGCAGAAAUGAAAUUGACUCAAGAACAGUCGGAAGUACAAACCACACAAGUUAAUGGUCACCAUCAAAAUGGGACAGGGAACUCUUCUUUCAAAAUUCCCCCAAGAAAAACAAGCCAUAUUAUCACUAAUCAAAAAAACUCUGAUUUUGUAGAGGAAUUGAAGAAUAAAGUGACUGUUUGUGAGAAUCAGAUUAAAGAAUUGGAACAAUCAUAUAAAAUGAAAGAUGGUGAAACUUUGAUUCUUCGAGACAGAUUGUCCAAAGCAGAAAAAGAUUUAACUCAGCAAAAAUUAAAAGUUGUUGAAGUUCAAAAAAGAUAUGAUAAUGCUGAAGUUGAGCAUGACAAAAAACUGCAAAAAGAACUGGAAAGAUAUAAGGAUCAAGUACAGUUCAAGCAAGCUGAAAUAAUGGAAUCUCAAAACUUGAUAAAAAAUUUGGAAACAAAAUAUAAAAUUUUGGAACAGCAAAAAAAUAGUGGAACUUCUGAUAACAUCCUGAACAAUACUAAAAAUGGUUUUCAUGACACCAUGUGGACAAAUUCUCAAUCUGAGUCUGGAACCUCUGCUUCAAAAAAGAUACGAUUAGUUAAACCAGAAAGUCCUAGGGUCCAGAACUCUCAUCUGCUAAAUAAAGCAAGCUUCAGUGAUGAUCCACUUGGUAGAAAACACCCAAUGAAAUCUUCGCCUAAUAAGCAUUCUUCUGAAAUAUCAUCAUAUUCUGCUGAUGAGGUAUCCUUGACAAAAACAAGAUCGCCUACACAUUUAAAGAGAUUAUCCAAGCUUAAAUUGAAGUCAAAAUAUUUGUCAAAUGAAAGUUCAAGUGGACAAAUGCUAUUAAGAAAUAUUCUGUCAAAGACGGAUGAGGCCCAUUCAAACACUAGUCAUCAUUCUUUCAUGAAUUUAUUAAUCAGGAAAAACAGAAAAUCAGCGUCAUUACAAAGCCUACACCGAAUGAUGUUGAAGAAUAACAAAUCCCAGAACAAAGUAUUUGGUAAUUUAUGCCAAUUACGUCAUAAUGAAAUCAAUGAUGUUUCUGAUAUGAAUGAUGAAUUUGAAAUUUUAUCUCUCAUCAGCGAUAUAUUCAUUUCUUAUAUCAACCUACAAGAAUCUCUCACUGGAAACAGAAUGAACAGUCAGGAUACUUCAUCUUAUCAUACUGCCCCGCUGGAACAACCUGCCAGUACCGCAAUAAUUCCACAUUGCACCUCAAACGCACACAGCAACAAUAGAUCGUCUAUUUCUAAAGAUACUGAUGCUGCUCUACAAGUACUUCAUAUAUUAGUGACCAAUUCUCAUAAGAUAAGAGACUUUUUACUCAACCAGUCAUCUGAUAUUUUGACGAAUUUGUUAGCAAUGUGCCGUACAGAGAGAUGGAAUUUGAAUCUCGAACAUCGUGAAUGUAUAUCAUCAACUGCAUUAAGUAUUGUCAAUAUUCUUGCCAAGUCGAUCAUAGCGGACAUGUCAAUCACGAGAUUUACAACUACUCUGAAGCCAGAAGUAAUGGCUCCUCUAAUAACACAUCAAAAUAUUGAUAUUAAAUUAAACUCUCUUGACGUCAUCAUCACUCUCUCACAUCAUCCAUCUUAUGCACUUUCUAUUGUAAAAGAAGAACAACAAUCAGACACACCGAGCAUUCUUUGCCACAUUUGUGAUAUAUGCUGCACUGUACGACCACAGACUGUUAUCGAAGGUGACUGGCUGAUAUUACUUACAAAAGUGAUGACUUUGCUUUCAAUUCUAAUAUCUGAACACGAAUCUCUACUCGUUGAUCAUUCAUGUUAUUCAGAAAUAUAUAGAGCUGCUGAUGUAUUGCUGUAUAAUCAGUUGGUUACAUGGAAAAAAGAAAGAAGCAAUUGUCUUAAAAGGGUCAAUCUAAUACAAAAGGCACUCUGUCUACUACAUUCAUGUGCAAAUGUUUAUACUGAUGCCAUACCUGGCAGUAGAAGAGAUCAUCGACACCAACUAGUUUUGACAAACUUAGAAGAGUUCUUAAACAUUAAUGAAGACCGAACCUCUUUUUGGUCACAAGAAUUGAACAGGAUUGUAAAAUUGGAAGUCAGUGCUAUUUUCGAGGAUGUUGAUAUAACUUGAAUUUAAAAAAAUAUCUCUUAAGAUAUGCAAUGGUAUUAUGACAUCACAUGGUAUGUGGGUAUGGACUUACCUGCAGUCUCUCAUGCAUGAUUAUUGGGUUUAAAUGAGAUGUACUUUGAUUUAGGACAAUUGUUUUACUGUUCUUCUCAUAUUAUUGAUUCUUUUAAUCCAUUGAACUAUGAGAUGACUAUGUGCAUUGGCGGGUGUCGGUGGCCUUCAUCCAAAGUGAAAUGUCGUCCGGAAACGAUCAUAGAAGAUAUUUUCUAAGUGCUUCAUGUUGAAUUGAUACGCUCAGUUGUUUUUUAUUCGAUAUGCCAGUUAACAGUUCCUGCCUUAUUGCCAAGUGGUAUACUUUUAAUAUUGCCAAAUAAAAUUCUCUGCUGUCAAUUUUUUGAAUAAAAACUCAUGUUUUGAGUUUCAA